AUGCUGGUUGGCGGCCUACUCUCUUCCACAAGAGGUAAUAGACAUAAUUGUACAUAUCAAAAUGCACAAUGCACACAGAUACAUAUCCUAACUCACACAUGCUCCCUCCCUCUCUCUGUGUCAAUUAUUGAUAAGACAAUCCAUUGCGAAAAAAAGUUGACUGAACACAUACCUCCAUCAUCAUCAUCAUCUAUACAUAUUCAAUCCUAUGUUUCUCAUUCAACAUGGUUGAAAGAAGAAAAGGAAUAUUGA